AGACAAUGAUUAUCACCGGCGAUGACGAUUGUAAGCCCAAUGUCGGCACAGUUAGCCGCGGGUCACCGCCGAUGGAUAGGAAACCCCUGUCCGCAGCCAUCACCGCAACCAUCACUUCGCCGACGAAAGACGGAUCCGCCGCCGGUCUGGCCUUUAGUAUCGAUAAUAUAAUGCAAAGUGUGGCCAAUAAUAGCGACUCGGAUGCCGUCAUCACAUCCACUCAUCAGUCGAACAACAACUCAAUCAACGCUAUGCUCUACGAGCGGGUUAUGCGUAACCUAUUGAGCACAUCCCUGUCCGGCGCUGGUGUGCCGGACAUAGACUCACUGCGGCUGUGCUCAGCACUCAUGGCGCCCGACUAUCACCUGCUGCAAGAUCUGGCAAAUUGCGGUCAACAGCAACAGCACCCGGCGGUCGGCCCUCCGAUUAACUGUCAAUCCCUACCUCCGGGUCCGCAAAUGCUCAACCAUUUCAUCCGGUCGUACGGCGCGGAAGCGCUUAAAGAGCGGUUCGGUUCGCUGUCCGGUGCCGGCGGUGGUCACCACAGGCUGCCGACUAUCAUCGCACCCGACGCUCACCACUUGUUCAAUCAUAUCGCGCGACCCAAACCCAUGGUUCAUAUGACUGCACCGGCGCAGCACAACCUAAACCCAUUACCCGUUGAGCACAAUCACCGACAGUAUCUGCACAAUCAGGCCAUCAGAUCCAUGGCCGCAGCCGCGGCCGCCGGCGACCCGUCUGUCACAGCAUCUGUCAGGACAUCGCCGCCAACGAUAACACCGCCGAUGAAUGCCGGCGCCAAUCAUCACCAGCAGCUACUGGUGCCGCAACCGGCGACACCUCUAACCACCGCUAUUCAUAGACCUAAACGAGUCCACGACAGCGCCGGUGGUGGCAACCGGUGCGCCGCCGCCCCAUCAGCAGUGGCAGCCAACCAUCAGGGUAUUAACAAACAUACCGGGGCUGCGAAUACGGCUACCGCAGCUGCCGUAGCUGGUAAUCCAGCCGGGUCAAAGGCCAAAUGUUUCACGUGCACCGAGUGCGGCAAAUUAACGCAUUCGGGCGAAAAGGCCUAUAAGUGCGAGAUAUGCGGUAAGGCCUUCCAUCAGGUCUAUAAUCUCACCUUUCAUUUGCAUAUCCGAAAACUACACGACGGGGUCGACAAACACAGCAAAGCGGCGGCCAAACAGCGCACAGACAGCCCUUCCGGCGCUCACAAUCCAAGACCAGCGCCGGGCGACGGGACCGGCAAACUGACCCGUUAUCUGUCCGGACAGGUAAGGCCUAAACUAGGCUUUGGUGGCGGAGUUAUGGGCACACCGUUUGCCGGGGGCGGGCAGGAGGUAGUGGUGUCGCCCACCAGUGCCGCCGCCUCUAUGUAUCACUCGAUCGGACAACUCUUA